GAUGCACGAGGGAGCCGCCGGGCGUAAGACGACUCUUUGGGGGAAGAAGAGGCUCGGAAACCUAAACCUGCGAUCGGAAUCGAAUAUUUCCUCCGGGUUUUAUGGCCGCUCCGUCGGAUUGGGUCUCGAUUAAAAGUCCGCCGUUCCCUGCCGGGCUGCGCCGAGACGUCCGUUAAUUUAUGCAAAGCCGGGCGGCUCGCGGGAUUUAUUCUCUGCAGCAAAUGCUGAAACGCGCACUGACCAUGAGGACUCUUCGCAGGUCGAAAUUCAUGAGUUCACCCAGCCUUAGUGAUUUGGGGAAGCGAGAGCCGACGUCACUGGAAGAGCGAGGGACUCAGCAGAAGAAAGCUGGAUCUAACGCCACCUGGAACAGCAUCCAGAAUGGAGUGAUUUCCGUCUUUCAGAAAAAAGGACUUCCAGAUCAUGAACUCUAUAACCUCAACGAGGGCGUCCGGCAGCUGCUAAAAACUGAGCUCGGAUCAUUCUUCACGGAAUACCUUCAGAACCAGCUUCUCACGAAGGGGAUGGUGAUACUUCGGGACAAAAUUCGCUUUUAUGAAGAGCUGCAGAAAGAUGAGGAAGAUCUCGCGAGUCUCGGCCACGACGAGCCAGCGGCCCCCGGCCCCCGCGACCCCGCCGACGUCAGCCUUACUCACCCGUUUUACGACGUCGCCCGCCACGGCAUCAUCCACGUAGCUGGUGAUGAUAAUUUUGGACGGAAGGUGAUCACGUUCAGCUGCUGCCGGCUGCCUCCCGGCCACGAGAUCGAUCACAUCCGACUGCUGGAAUACCUGAAGUACACGCUGGACCGGUACGUGGAGAACGAUUACAGCGUCGUCUACUUUCACUACGGCCUGAACAGCAAAAACAAACCGGCGCUGAGCUGGUUACAGAACGCCUACAGAGCCUUCGACCGCAAGUAUAAGAAGAAUCUGAAGGCUUUGUAUGUCGUUCAUCCGACCAACUUCAUCAAAGUCCUUUGGAACAUCUUCAAACCGGUGAUCAGUCACAAAUUUGGGAAAAAAGUUCUUUACAUGAAUUAUUUAAGUGACCUCAGAGAGCAUCUGAAAUUCAACCGCCUCGUCAUCCCACAGGAAGUGCUACAGCAUGAUGAAAAACUACGCACGUCACGUAAAGGCAAACCCCCACCUCCUUCCAGAUGCCCUCCCCCGCGACCACCACUCCCCACCCAACAGUUUGGAGUCAGCCUGCAAUAUUUGAAGAAUAAAAACUCCGGGGAGUUGAUUCCUCCGGUUAUGAAGCAGACCGUCUCGUAUUUGAAGAUUAAAGGAUUUGGGACAGAGGGCCUGUUUAGGAGAUCGGUGAACGUCCACAUCAUUAAAGACAUUCAGAAACGUUAUGAUCUCGGAAAGCCGGUGGAUUUUGAUGAUGGCGGAGAUGCCCACGUACCGGCGGUGAUCCUGAAGACUUUUUUGCGCGAACUCCCAGAGCCUUUGCUGACCUUCGCCUCGUACCGACCCAUCCUGGAGAUCACCGGUGUGGAGAGCAUCCUGCGAGUCACCAGGUGUAAGGAGGUCGUGCAGAGUCUUCCAGAUCACAACUACGCCGUGUUAAAGUAUCUCGUGGGCUUUCUGCACGCGUUGUCUCAGGACAGUAUUAGAAAUAAAAUGACCGCUGCGAACCUGGCGUGCGUCUUCGGAGUGAAUCUUAUCUGGCCCCCGGACGGCGUCCCCUCCAUCAGCGCUCUCGUUCCGAUAAAUGUGUUCACGGAGUUAUUAAUAGAAUUUUACCCCAAGGUCUUCAGUUCCAGAACCGUCCCGGGAGAGAGCGAGUCCUGACCGCGGGGGCCGCCAGCAGCCGACACGCCAUUUACACGGCGCGGCCCUUUAACUACCAACGUUCUCCAUAUGCUGCGGGGGUCAAUUCUUUUCCCAUUUCACCCUUUCACUGCCUUCUACGUCAUAAAAGUGUCCGGAUUCACUCAAAAAGUUAUUCUAAAGCGGAGCGUCUUCUAUUCUUUUAUUACUAUUAUUGCGUUAAAACACUUUUUUUCUAGCUUUUGAAAAAUGUUAGCCAUUUGUACUCUGCUCUGUUAUUUACUAGAACCCCCCCCCCGACUCAUUAUCAUACUGCCCGUGGGAAAUAAUAAAAUGGCUCAGUUUUAAUCACCCAGCCGGACUCUCUGACUAAUGAAAGUCUAUGGAGGAAGGGACUUCAUUAGCAUCGCCAUAA